GAUCCUUCACUGCAGUAAAACUACUACUACUAUUACCAGGCGGAGGAGGAAGUUCUCGUAACCUUUACUGCAGUAAAACUACUACUACUACUACCAGUUUGUGGCGGCGGCUGAGCGGAGCGCAGCGGGAUGAGUGGAGCUGCUCUGGGCAUCGAGAUCGUGGUGGUGUUUUUCCUGGCGCUGUUCCUGCUGCACCGAUAUGGAGACUUCAGGAAGCAGCAGCGCAUGGUGCUGUUCGGCACGCUGCUGGCCUGGUACCUGUGCUUCCUCAUCGUCUUCAUCUUACCUCUGGACGUCAGCACGACCAUCUACAAUCAGUGUAAGAAAGACCAUGAGGAGCACGCCUCUGUUCCCACCGCCAGCUCCAAUCACACGGCGGCUAACACGUCUGUCACACCCACCAAAAGGGUCUCGACGCCCUGCUACAAGCCGUGGAGCUACAUCCCUGACGGGAUCAUGCCCGUGUUCUGGAGGGUGGUGUACUGGACGUCCCAGUGUCUCACAUGGCUGCUGCUGCCCUUCAUGCAGUCGUACGCCCGCUCCGGAGGCUUCUCCAUCACGGGCAAAAUAAAAACGGCUCUGAUAGAAAACGCUAUUUAUUACGGGACCUACCUGCUCAUCUUCGGCUCCCUGCUCAUCUACGUGGCUGUUCAUCCUCAGUGGCACCUGUCCUGGUACGAGCUGCAGACCAUCGGGAUCACAGCAGCUAACACCUGGGGUCUGUUCCUGCUGGUGCUGCUGCUCGGCUACGGCUUGGUGGAGAUCCCUCGCUCCUACUGGAACGCCUCACGGCACGGACACCUGCUCAUCAAGACAUAUUUCAAGGCAUCCAAGCUGAUGACGGAGAAGGCGGACGCAGAGGAGAACCUGGAGGACGUCAUGGAGGAGGUGAGAAAAGUCAGUGAAUCCAUCAAGUAUAACCAUCCACUGAGGAAGUACAUCGAUACCAUUCUGAGAAAGUGUCCCGUGGAUUACCAGGAGAAGAUGGGCCGGAACAUGGACGACUACGAGGAUUUUGACGACAAACAGAACACUUAUCCCAGUGAGAAGAGCCUGGUGAAGCUCCAUAAACAGGUGAUCUACGCGGUUCAGAGGCACAACAGGACCCGUGUCCAGUGGCAGAUCCUUCUGCAGCAGGCCAUCCACCUGGAGGACGUGGCCAAGAAUGAGACCAGCUCAGCGCACCAGUUCGUCCACAGCUUCCCGUCCUCUGAGCCGGCCGGCUGGUUCAGCAGAUACGUGUACACGCCCACUGCUGAGUGGUACUGGGAGUGUUUCCUGAAGUGCUGGUUCUACCGGCUGCUGUCGGUGGUCCUGACCCUGUUCAGCGUGGCCGUGGUCUGGUCCGAGUGCACCUUCUUCAGCACCCGUCCCGUCCUCUCUCUGUUCGCCGUGUUCAUCCAGCUGGCCGAGAGGGACUACAACUACCUGUACAUCGAGAUGGCGUGCUUCGUCACUAUCUUCUUCCUGUGUACCUGCGUUUACUCCACUGUGUUCCGCAUUCGGGUCUUCAACUACUACUACCUGGCCUCCCAUCACCAGACUGACGCCUACAGCCUGCAGUUCAGCGGCAUGUUGUUCUGUCGUCUGACGCCUCCUCUGUGUCUCAACUUCCUGGGUUUGAUCCACAUGGACUCGGCCAUCUCUCACCAGCAGAAGGAGCAGACGGCCUACACCUCUAUCAUGGGGUCGAUGCGUGUCCUCUCUUUUAUCGCUAACGGCUUCUACAUCUACUACCCCAUGCUGAUAGUCAUCCUCUGCAUCGCCACCUACUUCAGUUUGGGGACUCGCUGUCUGAACCUUCUGGGCUUCCAGCAGUUUGUGGGCGACAGUGAGAUGACGUCCGACCUGAUCGACGAGGGCAAGGAGCUGAUCCGCCGAGAGAAAAGGAAACGGCAAAGGAUUGAAGAUGGCGAGAACAGACGCAGAGAGUGGAAGGAGCGCUAUGGAAACCAGAGAGAAGACUACACGGCGAGGAACAGGGGCAGUCACGAGAUGAAGGAGACCAGUUACUCGGACACGGUGGCGGCCAGCAACAACAGACAGGCCAAAUAUUCUCGCUCUGGGAGUCGGUCGGAGAGAGACUGCAUCGAGCUGCUGCAGGACGCCGAACCGUUAGACUUCAACGCCGAGACUCUGACAGACGAUCCUCUGGAGGCCGAGCCAGGCAGACACGCAGGGGGACGAUAUCUGUCCAUGUCAUCGUCUCGGAGCCGAAUAUUCGACGACGUCUGACGGCAAGAAUAAAUGUGAAGCGGAGCCAUAAAUAAAACUGAACAGGACCUUCAUCUCACAGCUCACUGGCUGCUUCAUCAUCUCCCACGAUGCAUGGUAAUCAAAAACAGGUCACACUUAUCCCGGAAGUCUUCUGGAAACAUCUCUGCAUCAGGUUUCACGUCCAGCUUGGCUGCAGGCGAAUCAAGGCACUUUUUGAAGGAAUAUUAAUGCUAUAAAAGUUACAUAACCUCUCCGAUAUGAAUGCAGACAGACACUGAAUGAGUUUGCGCUGCAUGUCAUGACGGCAUGAGUCUGCAGCGGCUGCAUGUCGACACGUCACUUUAACAGAAGCUUCAACGAAGGUCCAUCAAGUAGUUUAUUUAUACCUUGUAGAUUUAUUUAUCUGUCUAUUGAUAAAGCCGGUUUAGGAUAUCUGCGUCUGAUGGGCUGCUGGUUUAAUCUGAACUUGAUCUGAAUGUCUCGACUCAUUUAACCCUGAUCUUUAUUUGUAAUAAUCUGAAUCUUAAAAUCAACUGGAUGUAAUCACUACUGAAUAUGUAAUGUUGUGAAAAUAAGAAAAGGGUCUCAUUUAAAGUUUGAGUAUUUUACUUUGAAAGCUGUGAUUUCGCCUCUGGGAACAACGGACGAUAUUUCUGGAGUCAGUCAUUAGUCGUGUUUCCAUUCACAUAUUUUCAUGAACAUUUUUGCACAAUUAUCAUAUUAGAAAAGCUGGAUCAAAACACGACCAUUUUAAUAAACCCUUGAACCGACGAGUGUUUGUGGUACUGACUAUUGAGGGGAGCAACGUUUAAUAGACUAAUCCGAUAGUCUCUUUAACAUGUUUAACAGACUAAUCCAAAGUCUCUUUAACAUGUUUAAUAGACUAAUCUAAAGUCUCUUUAACAUGUUUAAUAGACUAAUCCAAAGUCUCUUUAACAUGUUUCUCUUUGUUCUUCUACUGGAGAUAAAAACACUAAGAUCACUUUGGGAUCAAAACUCAAACACUUAAAACCCAAAAGGUAGGGCUGGAGAUGGAGCCUUAAAGGGUAACAUUACUUUACAUAAGAAACAGAUCUAUGUUAGGCCUAAAAAAUGAAAAUAAAGUUAGGUUCCUGUUGGUUGUCAGUUGAGGUCAUGGGUCGGUAAGGAAUUUAUUUUAUUUUUUUAUUUUUUUCCCAGUGGCAGCAAGGGAUAGGUAGGAUAUUUAUUUAUUUUAAUUUUCCUUUACAGUAGCGAUGGAUACUCAAUUUUUUCAUAACCUAGCCUUCCUGUACUACAUGUACAGUUGUCGCUUAGUAAAUUGAAAACCUAGUGAGGUUUUUUUUCAAGGCCUGGGUAUCAAUACAGUUGUCAGUAGCUUCACUGCUGUUAGCCAGGUCCUUCCCUGCUGUUAGCCAGGUCCUUCCCUGCUGUUAGCCACCUCCAUUGAGCCCCAGGGACUUGCUGUAACGUUAGAGCACUCUAAAGGCUGUUUACCUUUCACUUGUUCAGGUUUGCUUGCUACGUUGCCAUCCUCUUGAACGAUAUUAAACACAACAUAUAGUUCCUGAGUGGUUUAACAGGCAUCUUGCAUUGCAAGAGUAAACUUUUUAUUUGUGUAUUUAUUUAAUUUGUAUUAUUUCGUCCCCAAGCUCAUAAAAUAAAUUUGGGUUGCAGAUAAAUUGACAGGGUCGGUCGGAAACCGGAACCAAACUAUUUUUUUUUAUGCCUUACAUGCAUAAUUAGGUCAAGUACGUAGGCACUGAAGAGAAGUAACUCAACAGAUUGGAACCCAAACCACCGUCUUUGUCCAAACUUAACUAAGUAGUUUUGGAGCUUAGACUUAACCAAACUGGGACCGUUUCUAAAAACGUCGUAAUUCAUACUCAUAUUCAUAAACUUGAGACAGAUUGCUUUCAAAGUAAAAUACUUUCAUCAUUUAAAAUUCAGUGGAAUUUAAAAGUAUUUAGUAAUGAUUAAACUUCAGUAACAAUCAGCUGUUUAUUAGAUAGUCAUAGUUUGUUAGUGUUGUUAUUAUUUACCUCCAUACUCCUAAGUGUAAUUUAAAACAUGUUUUUCUUUCACAAUGUCAGAAACGACAUCUGAAGCUGUCGGGUCUUUUGUUUUCUCCACUUCCUGUUAAAAUGGUCCCAAAUGUGCCAUUCUUAUAAAACUGUUACCUUCAA